AUGGCUCAGCGCUCGCUGCACGUGUCCGUCGGCAUCCUGGGCAUCGCUGGAGGUUCUCUCCUGCUUUUGGUGAACGACUAUGGCAGCACACCUGAAAAAAACCUAAUCCCCUAUACUGCACUGGGGAUUCUGCUCCUCAUCAUUGCCGCCCUCUUGGCUUAUACAGGUGUCUGUCGCAGUCUGUCCCAUGCCCAGCUGUUUUCCUCUCUGUGUCUGACCGUCUCUGCCCUGUGGUGUGGUUCAGGUCUGGUGUACAUCCUGGUGGGGCAGGGGGUGCUGCAGCCCACAGAGCUGAGAUCAUCACUGGUCCCGGGCCUGGCGGCGUUCACCUUAGCCCUGCUAAUAAUAGCCAGCGUAGCAGUCGUAGCGAGGAAAAUAGUUCUUUUUCUCUUAGCUCUUGGCAUUAGCUUAGCAUGUGCCCAUCAAAUCGCCGGUUUGUCAGCUGCAGGUUUUGGUCAGUCUGCCACGGCUGCUAACUACUUUAUCGUGUGUCUGGUGGGUCUUUACUUCGGGUCUGGACGCCUGCUGUCCACCAUCACUCAAGGUAAAGUGGAGCCUCCGGGAACAGGCCUGAAGAGCAAAGCUGACCUGAAAACAGAGCAGAGUCGGAGCUGCGUUGAUGCAGUGUCAGUAGGUCUGGUGAUGAACUUGCUGUCCGCCUCUGUGCUAGCCUGUCCACUGUUAGGUGUGGUCCCCCAGCUCUCCGUCGGUCACGUCCCCUGGCUGUGGACAGCUGGAGUCUUCCAGCUUGCCAUGUGUGUCCUCUUCUACCGCGCCAUGGACACACUAGCUGCCACCUUCUAUGGCUUCACUGCUGUGCUGAAGUUUGCAGAGGGCUACAGUGCUCUCCUAUCAUUUUACUCAAUUGAGCCUUACUCCCCUGUCCCCUUCCCUGUUGUCUUCUCUGUGCUUUUCUCCGUCCUGGCUCUGUUCAGUUGCCAGAAGAGCUUACUGGAGGGGCUCUACCAGUUAUUCUUUGUAGCUUAUUGUAUCUCCAUCGCAGCCCAGCCUCAAGGCUUCUUCCAAGGAGGCACACAGGGUGUGCAGGCGGCUAUAUUUGUCGUCUCUGCCUGCAUGCUUUUAAUUACCACAUUCAAUAUGGUCUCAACUAUGAUGAUUCCAACAGGGCAGGGCUACUUCAAGGCUUUAGUAACAAGGGUGCAGGGUCUCACUCUCAGAGUUCAUGACAAAGAGCUCCAUGCGCCUCACCUGGGCUACUCCAAGUAUGCAGACGCAGAGGUGUUAGGCCACGCCUGCAGCGUGCUGGCUGCUUUUGCCAUCACAGCCACAGUUGGUGACAGAAACCCUCUGUCUGUGCUGGUUCUGCCCUGGGUGGUGGUGGCUGGAGGGGCACUCCAGCUGCUCUGCGGUUCAGUAGCUUUUGCUCGGGGCAAAACCUUUGAGAGCACAGUGUUCAUUCUCUACGGGAUGAUGUGGACAGUGUGGGGGCUGACACGAUACGGCGGCCUCUACGGUGAGAGCAGGGGCUUUGAUCUGGCGGUCGGGAUCAUUAGCUUUAUGCUGUUUAACGUUUUAGUGACAAUCGCGGCGCUGUUCCUAAGUGUCGCCUGGUUUGCUUACUCCUUCACCUUCCAGCUCAUACUUAUUAGCUUCCUGCUGCACGCGGUAAAUGCACUGCCUUACGGCUACGACAUAGGAGUCACCAUCAUCUUUGGUCUCGUCAGUUUUUAUUGUUUCCUGGCGCACAUUUUCAACAGCACUUUCCAGUCCCCCCAGAUCCCCUUAGGAAGACCUUUAAUCAAGAUGAGUGGGGUCGGGGGAGGCGCAGAUAUCUGUCCGCAUGUACCAGCCCGCAAGGCCACGUCUGUCCAGCAGAUUGCAGAGAUCAUGAAAAAUGGGGGCAUAUGUGGAAUGCCUACCGACACCGUCUAUGUGCUGGUGGCAGCUUGCAACAGGCCCGACGCAGUCAUCAAAGCAUACAAGGUGAAGAAGCAGGCAGAGGACAGACCCAUGUCUCUGUGGAUCUCCUCCAUCAAGCAGCUGGAGCCGGUGCGACACCUGCUGAGCCCUCUGCUCCUGGACUUCAUGGAGGCUGCCUGGCCCUCCUCCAUUAGCAUGGUUAUACCUAGAGGCCCGUGGAUGGACCCCUUUGGGUUAGGAGAUGCGGCCAAACACAUAGGGACUCCACAAAGCAUUGCCAUCAGAAACCCAGACUGUUCUGUGGCCACACACCUCAUUAAUCUGGUGGGGCCCAUCGCUGUAACCUCAGCCAACCCUACAGGCGAGGCAGACACAACUCACCACAACCAAGUUUAUGCCAAGCUGGGCAGCAAGGUGGAUGGAGUGUUAUGUGAUGGAGCCUCCCCAGAGAACAUUGCAUCUACUGUGGUUGACUGCACUAAGAUUGAAACAGGGCAUAUUGGUUUCUUCAGAGUGGGUCUCAUUCCUAAAUCUAAGGUUCUUCAGAUCUUCGAGGAGGUUCAGCAGCGGCACAGACAUGGGCACACGAAUGAUGCUUUUGAGUUUGAUGUGCAUCUGCCAGACACACAGAGGGACAGAAGUUCAGGAGGAUCGGAGUCAGGAAGAGGAUCUGGAGACUCAGCGCCAUCCACAGUGUCAUCUGAACAAAGUCCUGUCCUCAGAAAUGAGUCAUAGUAUCAGCACACUACUUGAAGAUUCUGCCAAAUGUAACCUUAAUUCAGAUGACGUGUACACAAAAGGCUGUUAUUAAAUGAAAAAUCCACAUGGACAUUGGAUAGUUGCCACACUGUUGUUUGUACCGCCACAAGCUGUUCGUCUCAGUGUUUUAUGGUGGACAAACUGAUGUUUUUAUCAUGUUUGUCUGUUUAUCUGAAUGUUUUUUGCAAGAGAAAACUUUGUAUUGGUAUAAAAUUUGUAUGAUGCUUUAUAUGCACAUGGACCUAAUGCACUCUUAUCAGUUGUAAUAUGACUAACUGAACAACAUUAUUGUAUGUCGCGUGCUAUAUGUAAUAUAUUUUAAUUGUUAUUUUUUGCACUGUCUUCCCUUUUGUCUGGAAAUACGUGACUGUACUGUAUAUAAUUUUCAUGAUAAAAUAUACAUUAAAUU